AUGCAUACCAUCUCAUUCUUCCUCACCACUCUCCUCGCCACCCACGUCGCCGGGCACGGGCACGUCACCAAUGUGGUCAUCAACGGCGUCUCCUACCGGGGCUUCGAUAUCAACUCGGAUCCUUACAAUUCCAAUCCCCCGGUGGUGAUCGCCUGGAGCACCCCCAACACAGCCAACGGCUUCAUCUCUCCAGACGCUUUUGGCACCGCCGAUGUGAUCUGCCAUCUGGACGCCAAAAAUGCCCGCGGUCACGCUGUCGUCGCCGCCGGCGAUAAACUCAGUAUUCAAUGGACCGAGUGGCCUGAGAGUCACCACGGGCCCGUCAUCGACUACCUGGCGCCCUGCGGCUCCAGCUGCGAGACCGUCGACAAGACGAGUCUGGAAUUCUUCAAGAUCAGUGGUGUCGGGCUCGUCGAUGGCUCAACCGUCCCGGGGUUUUGGGGCGACGACCAGCUCAUCGCAAACAACAACAGCUGGAUGGUUCAGAUCCCGUCAUCCAUUGCACCGGGCCACUAUGUGCUGCGACACGAGCUGAUUGCCCUGCACGGUGCUUUCAGCGAGAACGGCGCCCAGAAUUAUAUGCAGUGCUUCAACCUGGAGAUUACGGGGUCGGGCACCGCCAAACCCUCCGGCGUUCGAGGUACCAGUCUGUAUAAGCCCACAGACGCGGGCAUUCUGGUCGAUAUCUACAAGUCGCUGUCCACGUAUGUGGUUCCGGGUCCGACGCUUAUCCCAGGCGCUGCAUCAAUUGUGCAGUCGAGCUCGAAGAUCACGGCAUCGGGAACUCCAGUGACCGGCUCUGGCGGUGGUGUCACUACUACCACCGCGGGUGCGACGACGACUACGCUGAGUACGACCACUCGAGCUACCACCACUACCACGACCAGUGCCACGAGGACCACAACGGCCGGGGGCUCCGUGACUUCGGUGCAGUCCAACUACGGCCAGUGCGGUGGGAGUGGAUGGGCUGGUCCGACGGCGUGCUCGACCGGCGCAGCCUGCUCUUCGUACAAUGAGUGGUAUUCACAAUGCUUGCCGACGGCAGCUUGA